GCCGGGGCAGUUAUGGCCGUUAAGAACCGGGCCUCGGGCCUCGGUUGGACGCGAGCUUGGCUCCCAGCCCAUUAUCCCGCCCUCUGACACUCCCGGACACCCUGCUUUCCCUCCCGCCCUUGGCACCCUUUCCCCGGCCAUCGACACCCCCAGAGCCCGCCGCCCCGUUGCACCCCGGCCCUCCCCCUCCGUACCCUGCUCCCUUCCAGCCGCGGGCCCCGUGCCCGGUUUGGCCAGGUUUCGCCACUCUCCCCUUGCUCCUCGCCCGGGCCGGGGACGCCGCUGGGCCCGGGGAUGCGGCUGCCCUCCAGAUCCCCCCUUCACCACUACUGCCCCUUCCUCCUUCUCCUCCCAUGGCUCCUCUCGCACCGCUCCGAGCCGGCCACCCGCCGUCCCCUCGUAGCCCCCGCGGGCCAGCGGGGCCCGAGCCUCGGGCUGCCUCCGCCACACCUCCACGGCCCCGUGGUCCUGACCCCUUGGCACCGCCGGCCCCGCCGAAACCUGAGCCUCGCCCUGCCCGGGCACGGCCUGAGGCUGUGGCUGUUCCCCCCGCCCGGGCCUCGGCCCCGAACCCCCUGGGAAGUGCUGCAGCUGGGUGGGUGCCUCCAGGCCGGGCCCCGGGCCGCUCCGGCCCCGCCGGCCUGCCUCUCCUACUUCAGCUACCAUGUCAACGUCACCUACCACAGGACAGGCCUCUCCCUGAGCUCCCUCAGCCUCUACAGCGGCCCGGUCCCAGACCCCAGGCUGUCCCUCCGGGUGGAGCCCAUCCUGUUCCACCUCUUCAGCGCCCACUCCCCCCUCCUAAGCCCCGGCAGGACCCUCACCCUCUCCUGGAGCCUGCGGCCCCUGGGGGGAAAAGGGGUGGGCUUUCGGGUGCUACAGCAGGGCGGGCCAGGGCCCUGGAAGACGGCCUCCAACCCUUACGCCACGGUGCGCCACCCGUGCCCCUCCGGUCCGUCUCCCUCGGGACAGAUGGCGGUGGUGGACCUGUGCUUCCUCGGCCGGGGGAGCGACGUGCCGGCCGCGGGAGGGGAGCUGGGGUUCUCCGACGCCACGGUCGGCUUCAGGGUGAGCGCCAACUCCACCUACCUCGCCCUGAACCCCCACAGGGCCAAGCGGGGGACUUUCUUCGUCAGUCCCAGCCACGGCCUGCUCUAUUCCCCCGGAGCCGGUGAAGAGAGCGGCCGUUCCGGGGAGAGAGGGUCUCCCAAAGCCACGCAUCACCUCUUCUACCAACAGCGGGGCCUGUCCUUCUUGUUCACUCUCGACUUGGUGGGGCCGCGUCGAUACCGUUCGGCCAUGCACGUGUUUCUCAACCAGCAGGGCACCUCCCUGCGGGCCCGCGCCGACCGGGACAUCGAGAUCCAUUUCUACAACAGCGGCCCGGCGGAGCCCCAGGGUCCGGUCUACUUGGUGUGGUUCAUCCCCCUGCAGCACCCUCUGUCACCCCAGAGGUGGACGUUUAAGCUCCAGCUCCUCGGGCCCGGGGCGGGCCUGGCGUCCAGCAACACGUACACCUAUGAGGACCGGGUACCCGACGCCUCCAGGUUUGUCCCUCGUUCCGUCCUGCCUUUCGAUCCCGACCUAUACUCCGGCUUCGUAGCGAAAACCAACUGUUCCCACGACGGCUCCAAGCCCGUCAUCCUGGAAACCACCGUGCCCUCCUACGCUUCCAAAGUCCUGGAGUAUUCUGUGUCCUGCCAACAAAGCCGCUGUGUCAUCGAGCAGGUGAGAAUCACCAAGCCCAGCACCUCCAAACCCCUCAUGCUGUUUUGGUACCUGCCCAAUAUCGUGGAGUCUACGGUGAAGGUCAACUGCCCCGGAGCAAUCCACAUCAAUAAAACCUGGAGAAUCUUUCAGGUCCAUAACUUAAGCACGGUUCCCGUCUUGGGGGAACCCUUGUCAAAUCCGAGCUGGGUGCCAUCUGACGGCCUCGUCCUAGACAUGCCCCAACAUGCUCUACCCCCGGGGUCAUACUCGUUUAACCUAACGGUCACAGUCACCCCACCUGACGAGGGGGCGGCACCGCUGGAGGCCUCGGACUUCGUCUUCUUGUACAUCCUGGCCAGAGAACUGGACGUGGUCAUCGGCGGCGGCUACCGGCGGACGGUGGGCGACGGCGACACCUGGACCCUGGACGGGAGGGCUUCCAGGGACAUAACCGCGUCCGACCCGAAGGCAGGGCUCACGUUUACCUGGUACUGCACCAGGAAUCCGUACAACAUGAUACAAGUGCCCGAGCCGGGCCCCGGCAACGAAACCUGCCACCCCGGCCAGGGGAACCUGAGGUGGAUCCAGCCCUCCGGCACCAACCUGACCAUUCUGCCCAGAACCCUGAAGAGCGGCAGGGUCUAUUACUUCCGCCUGGUGGUUUGGAAGGGAAAUAAAAAGGGGCUUGCUGAUCAGAUCGUCACCGUCAAAUCGGGGUGCACCCCGGAAGUGAGCGUGAAGUGCAUCGAGAACUGUGGGGAGCCUUUAAGCCCCACCAACCGAUUCUCCCUGGCAGCGAACUGCUCCAACUGCGACGCGGACCGCCCCGCCUACCUGUGGUCCCUCCUCUCGUCCAACGGGACGGAGCUCCGCUUCGACUGGCUUUCCAAAACCUCGACCGGGCAGCACGGCGCCUACUUGACCGUCAAGUCCCUGGCCUUCUCCGACUCCGCUAACCAGUCCUACAUCCUUUCCCUGCGGACCACCACGCAGAGCGGCAUAGUCUCCAUCUCGAACUACUCCUUCCACGUGAAUUCUGCCCCCAGGCCGGGUCGGUGCCUCAUCAACCCACCCCAAGGGCUGGCUCUCCUGACCAAGUUCAUCAUCCAGUGCCGCGGCUUCACCGAUGACAACUUACCCCUUUCGUACAAGAUGAUCGCUUCAGAUCUGUCCCACGUCGGCACGAUCACGUCGGUGGAGGAGAACACCCUGGGGACGAUCCUGUAUUCGGGGCCCCGGUCGACCACUCCGCCUUCCUUCCUCCCCGUCGGAGUCCCGUCCAGGCAGUUCAUCGUGACCAUCUACAUUCAAGUCUCCGACUCCCUGGGCGCCUUCACGCAAGUCACGCUGCACGCCACGGUGCAGGCCCCCACCAAAAGGCAGCCCCCCGAGACCGUGCUCGAGGGGCUCCACGCCGCCUCCCACGGAGCCAACGCCACGCUGACCACCCUCCUGCGGAGCGGGGACUUCAUCCGGGCGGGCACCCUCAUCUACACGGCCUCCUCCGUCAUCAACCACAUCGCGGGCGCGCCGGGCCUCCAGGCCUCCAAGACCCGGCUCCGCACGAGCCUGCUGAACAAGACCUCCAGCCUUCCCACCUCCGACCUGGCGGAAAUGAGCCAGAUGGUCUCGAGCGUGACCCAGCUGACCCAGAAGGCGGCGGAGAUCAGCGAGGAGUCCCGAACGAUCGCCUCCAGGAGGCUGGCGGAGGUGAGCCGGGGCCUGCAGAACUACCGGCGGAAGGAGAAGACCUUCCACUCGGAAGAAAUAGACGUCCUGAGCACCGGGAUCCUCACCAGCAUCCAGAACGUCCUCCGGGCCAACCUCUCCGCGGCCAGCGGACCCAACGAGGAAGUGGUGGGCCGGACCUUCUCGGCCCUGGACACCCUGGCGGACACCAUCCUGCUGAAUAAGAUGCCCGGCGAAAACCAGACGGUGAUGAGGGCCGGCACCUGGACCGUCCACCUGUGGAAAGACGAGAAGAGGGACCUCCCCUCCGGGGCCCCGAGCCGGGAGGGCUGCAGGAACUGCUUUUACCCCACCCUGGGGGAAGAGAGCGGCUCGGCCCUGCCGAGCAGCGCCCCCGUCUCCACCGUGUUUUACGAGUUCGAGGAGGAUCCGUUCCGGGGGCUGGACCGGGGGGACCCCCGGGUCCCUUCCACCGCGGUGCUGGGCUUGAAGAUGACGGGGGCCGUGGCGGACGGGGAGGAGGUCAGGGUGGUGCCCCGGACGGUGGAAUUCAUCAUGGCCCGGAAGGACGCCAACUCGGCCCUCUUCAACCUGACGGUCGGGCCCCACAAGAGGCUCUGGAGGACCACGACCGGCGGCUUCAGUUUCGAGAUGAACCGAGACUACAAGGAGCUGUCCAUCCAGAUCGUGACCAGGGUGAAAGCCGCCUUCACCAUCCUCCUCUACCUGGGGAGGAACGUCUCGUCUCCCCCGCUGGCGCGCUUCUCGGCUCCGCCCGACCGGCCGCCCUCCAUCUUGGGGAAGGGGUCCCUGAGCCCCAACUGCACCAUCCGGGCCCCGUACAUCCUGUGCCUGUCGCGCUUCCUGCUGGAGGCCUGGGCCCCCGGGGUCCGCUCCCCGGCCUGGGACCUGUCGAUCGUGCUGCGGGCCCGCCGCCUCGUGCGGAGGCGCAACGGCCGGCUGGUGGCCAUCGCCAUGUUCGUGGCUCACUGCCUGGCCAAGGAGGUCCCCGAGAGGCAGUGGCAGGAGGACGCCUGCCUCCUGGGCCGGCGCACGGACUGGCGGCAGGUGCACUGCGUGUGCCAGCCCCGGGGGAAGCUGCGGCGGCGGGAGGUCACGGCGGGCCAAAGCCGGAACACCCUGGCCCACAGGACGCUCUUCCUGGCCGGCCGGCUGAUCGUCCCCCCGAACCCGGUGGACCUGGAGCAGGACCUGAUCGCCGCGCUCCAGAAGAACGUGGUGACGCUCCUCACCGUCCUCACCAUCAGCCUCUUCUACAUCGCCCUGGCCUUCUGGGCCAUCAACCGAGACCUCGCCGACCGGCUCCUCCGGGAGCGCGUCGUCGCCCUGCCCGACAACGACCCCUUCGACGAGGCGUGCUACCUCGUCUCCGUGUACACGGGGAGCCGGGCGGGGGCGGGGACCACGGCCGACGUCUUCGUCCAGAUCAUCGGGACCCAGGGGGCCAGCGAGGCCCACCGCCUGAGGCACCCGGAUUACCGGCCCUUCCUGCGGGGCCGGGUCGACUGCUUCCUCCUGACCACCCGGGGCGACCUGGGCGACGUCUACUCCCUCCGCGUGUGGCACAACAACCGGGGCGGCUCCCCGCACUGGUACCUGAGCCGCGUCAGGGUGGAGAACCUGUUCACCAAGCGGGCGUGGCACUUCAUGUGCCGCCAGUGGCUGGCCGUGGACAAGGGCGACCGGCUUCUGGAGCGCUCGUUCGUGGCCGCCCACCCGGAGGUCCCCCUGGCCAGGACGGACUUCUUCCUCAUCGACAUGGCCGGGAGGCUGGCCGGCGACCACAUCUGGUUCUCCGUCUUCUUGGAGGCCGUCCCCGGCCAGUUCGGCCGGCUGCAGCGGCUGUCCUGCUGCCUGGCCGUGCUGCUCGGCACCCUCCUCAGCAACAUCAUGUUCUUCAACAUCGACGAGAACCAGGAGGCCGUGGCGGAGGACAGGCAGUACUUCCGCUCCUUCAUGAUCGGCGUCGAGAGCGUGCUCAUCACCAUGCCCAUGCAGAUGGUCAUCAGCACCCUGUUCAACAACUCCUCCCGGGUGCCGCCCGUGGCCCCGGAGCCCGUGGAGCCCCCCGGGGCCCCGCCCGCCCUCGCAGGGAGGCUCCGGACCUGGAAGGAGCGCCUGCAGAACUCGUACACCCCGCGCCGGAAGAGCAACUGUGCGGUGCCCGAGGCCACGGCCAACGCCAUCGCCGAGAUCGAGGACGGGCCGGCGGCGUCACCUCCCGCCCGGGAGAACGCCAACAACAACGCCGAGGCGGAGGCGGGGGCCGGGGCCGGGGCCACCCAGGGCCCGAAGCGGGACCUCCGGGUAAUCUGCCCCUGCCACCCGCCGGAGUUGGUCUUCAGCUGGUGGUGCGUCUACGUGGCCUGGGGGCUGGUCAUCCUCACGUCCUGCCUGUCAUCCUUCUUCAUCAUCCUGUACGGGUUGUCGUACGGCUACCGGACCUCCCUCGAGUGGCUCCUGGCCUCCGCCUCCUCCUUCUGCCAGUCGGUGUUCCUGAUCCAGCCUCUCAAGAUCUUCAUGCUGUGCGCGGCCCGGGCGGCCGUCCCGAAGCUGCCCCGCCACCUCUCCUGGACCGGCAGGUUUAACUACCGGGAUAUCGAGCUGGAAGGGGUCCCCGCGGACGCGGACGGGCAGCGGGAGGCGCACCGGCAGCUGGUCCGGGCCCGCCAGUCCAGGGAGUACCGGCCCCUGGAGGAAGACGAGAUCCGAAUCAUCCAGAGGCGCAAGCGCAUCGAGACCCAGGCCUCGAUCUUCCUGAGGGACUUGGUCAGCCACUUCAUCUUCCUCGCCCUCAUCGGGAACAUCGUCUCUUCCUUGGAAAACGCCAACAGCUUCCACUCCAACCAGGUGCUGGCCCGGAAGUUCUCCGUCAACCUGACGGCCGUGAGCGAGCCGGAGCACGUCUACGGGUGGCUGGACGGGGUCCUGGUGCCCCUGCUCCACCACGACCACCACCCGGGCUGGCUCUCCGACAGCUGGUCCCAGAUCCUCGGCUGGCCCCGGAUGAGGCAGGUGAGAGCCCGGCCGGGGCCCGCGUCGUGCUUCUCCCCGUUCCGGAAGUCGGCCGAGCCGGGGCCCCGGUGCCUCCCCCGGUUCGGCAGGGACCCGGAGGACACCCGGAGCUACGACGACUCCUGGCGGGGGGGCGGCGGCCCCGGCGGCCCCGGCUUCACCUAUCAGGCCAACCGCAACCACUGGUCCUACCAGUCGUCGGGGGUGCUCCACCGGUACGGUCCCGGGGGCUACCCCUUCUACUUCUUCCCCGAGGAACUCCAGUUCAAUUCCAGCAUGAGGCUGCGGGAGCUGCGGCGGCGCGGCUGGCUGGACGAGCGGACCUGGGCGGUGAUCGUGGAGCUGACCACCUUCAACCCCGACGCCGGCCUGUUCGGCUGCGUCUCGGUGGUCUUCGAGGUGUCCCCCCUCGGGGUGGUGAACGCCAGCCUGACGGUGCACUCGUUCACCCUCCCCCUCUUCCACAAGCAGAGCCGAGCCCAGCUGCUGGCCUACGUGGCCGUGCUGGUCUUCCUCUGCGUCUACCUCCUGGACGAGAUCCACGUGGUGCGCCGGGAGACGGCCGCCUACUUGAGGAAGGUGUCCAACCUGAUCAACUUCGUCCUCAAGUCGGCCUUCCUGCUGUUCUUCCUGUUCUACGUGGCCAAGUUCCACUUGGCCAACAAGAUCGUGGCCCUCUACCUGCUGAACCCGCACAGCUUCGUCCCCUUCCACUCGGUGGCCCACCUCGAUCAGACCGUGAGGGUCACGCUGGGCUUCCUGGUCUUCAUGACCGUCCUGAAGACCCUGGAGUACUCCCGCUUCUUCUACGACGUCCGGCUGGCCCAGAGGUCCAUCCUGGCCGCCCUGCCGGGCAUCUGCUCCAUGGCCCUCGUGGUGGCCGUCUACUUUUUCGUGUACAUGGCCUUCGGCUACCUGGUGUUCGGCCAGUACGAGUGGAACUACAACAGCAUGGUCCACUCGGCCCAGACGGUGUUCUCCUACUGCGUCUCGGCUUUCAAGGACACCGCCUUCUCCAGCCACAGGCUCCUGGGAGGCCUCUUCCUCGCCUCCUUCAUGCUGGUGAUGAUCUGCGUCCUGAUCAACCUGUUCCAGGCGGUCAUCCUGUCCGCCUACGAGGACAUGAAGCAGCCCGUGUACGAGGAGCCGUCCGACGAAGCCGAGGCCAUGGCCUACCUGCUCCACCGGCUGAGGCGGCUGUACUACCGCCUCGCCCGCCGGUCCCCGCGGCCCGAGGACACGGAGUUCUGGGACAACGUCUUCUACGGGCAGCCCAAGGGGAGGAGCCGCCGCUACCUCGGACUCAAAACCAGGAGGAUCAACGGCAAGAAGAUGGUCUACCUGGUGGUGUGAAUGGGGGCGGGGGGCGAGGCGGCCGGGAGGGGCCGGAGGAUGCUCGGUCUGGGGGGUCGUGAGGUUUCCGCUCUAAAUCCU